AUGUCUUUAUCGGCCACUGAUAGUAACGGCUCCUAUUCGAGGGUUUCCUCUGGGAAGACUCCUCCGCCAGCUCCUUCAGCUGCGUAUGCGAAAAGGGCUAGGGAGAUCCAGGCCGAGGAGAGGUUGGGGGCGAGAUACAGGCCUCCUGCGCUUAGAGCCCUUGCAUCUGGAGAAGCCCCUUCUAACGACACGACCCCUUCUGUCACGACACCGGGGGAUGGCUCGACUCUAUCCCCUACUAAUUACCCCCCGGGAUUUAGAAGGGCAAGGGCAGGGACCUUACCCUCCAAUGUACAACUUGCCGCGCAACGAUUUGCGGCGGCGUCAAGUACUUUAGGAAGUACCCCCGGGUCCACAGAUUCCUUAAUAGAACAAUCCAGGCAGAUUUCCGCUGCUGCUACCACAGCUACUCUGCCUGCACCAGCUCGUCCCUCGCUCCGUCACGUCGCAUCCGUUGCAUCCAGCACUGUGACCACCGAACGUAACAGUCGUCUGAGAUCCGGCUCUCUCACUUUACCGUCCGGUGGUCUGUCCAACGCUUUUGGCCCUUCCAUUUUCUCGUCCUCGUGGUUACCUAACGGCAAUCCAUCGGGGCUCACGUACUUGGAUGAACUUCGCUCGGUUACCUCCGCUGAUUCAGCUGCCGAUGAUUUCGAUGUCCAUACGUUAGACUACUUGGGGUUGGACGAAAGUCACCAUCGUCUGCCUCCUCCCGCUGCGACUCUCAGCGAGCUGCGCAACCAAGCACAGGCCGCUAUCGCAGGCAAUCUCGCCAACCCUUCGCGUCUUCGUGCUAGCACCGUUUCCAACCCGUACCGAACAAGAACGACAGGCACUGGGUCGUUGUUGUCAACGCCAGCUGCAGACGAGGAAGAGGAAUACUUCGAGAACUAUGAAGAACAGUAUGCGCGGCAGAGGAUCAACUCGUACGAAACUAGCAAUGUCGAAGCUACUUACUCGCCCUCGUUUGUCUCGCGAGGAUAUCAAGCAACGGAUCAGUUGCCGCCCAGCAUUGGCAUGAGACAGCGCGCCACAACAAUAAGUGCUCUAGAAGACCCUGUUCGGACGAUGCAGCGUCGUGCCACCGUCACUGUUGAACCCCAGUUCAGCUAUGUCAAUGAACUGAAUGCAGGCUCUUCCAUGGGCUCCGUUAGUCCCAAUCCUGCGGGCAUUCUGAAGAACGACAAACUUUCCAUGCCUCGCACCGGCCAGACCGCUUCUGUUCACUUUCCGAACGGUGAUACCACGGCCAACCGUGGCGCCAAUGCCUAUCUCGCCGCACCUGGCGGUGGCAACCGAUCCCUAUCCCCGAAGUCUGAGCAAGCGUCCAGCCAGACCCAGACGCCUACCCGCUCGCUGUGGAUUGGAAAUUUAGACAGUUCGGUCACGAGCGAACAGUUGAUCCAUGUCUUUGCUCCCUACGGUGCCAUCGAAAGUCUUCGACUUCUCCCCGAGAAGGAAUGCGGUUUCGUCAACUUCGUUGAUCAAGCCGAUGCGAUUCGCGCUAAAGAGGACGUGUUGAACCGUUUGGGUGGUUUCAUCGGAAUGCCGAAUGGUCAAACCGUGCGCAUUGGGUUCGGGAAAGCGGACAGUGCUCCAGUUGCGCCUGCAAAAGGAUCGAACGCUUCCAACUCGACUAAUUCUGCCACUGGUGCGGCGAAGCAGGCUGCUAAUAACUCGGCAGCUGCAGGCAUGGAAGCUCAGCUACAGUCUACUCCCACUAGGGCGCUGUGGAUUGGCUCCAUUCCUUCCACUACCACUCCUGCGACCAUCCUAAGCGUCUUCAGCCCUUAUGGCCCAAUCGAAUCGGCUAGGGUCCUUACUCACAAGAACUGUGGUUUCAUCAACUUCGAACGCCUCGAUGAUGCCGUAAGAGCUAGGAAAGCCCUUAACGGGCGAGAUGUACUGGGAAGUGACGUUGGAGCCAUCCGAAUUGGCUUUGCCAAGGUUCCAGUCAAGAACGGACAGGAAGGUACCGGUUCACCUGACGAGACUGCCAAUGCACCAGUUCAAGGCGUUGGCAACUUGAGUGUCGGCGCAACUAUCCACGCUCUUCGUAGCAUCAAGGGUGCUUCGACCAUUCCUUCUGACCAGCAAGUGUUAGGCGGUGCCGUCGAGAAUUACCGUUCGAAUUUGCUGCUGAGCAUGAUCGCUUCUGGCAACCACGCGAGCUCAUUCGCUAACGAUGGUACCAAGCCUGCCGGAUGGAUUCCCGCGCUCACUGAGCAGCAGAUGAUCAUGAGGGAGUUGUGUGCUGGGACUGCGGAUACAGAGAUUGAAGUACAGGCACUGGCAGAUUUCCGCCCUCCUACCAUGUACUACACUUCAAUUCCUCUGGUGUCUGAGCGUACGCACGCCAGACGUUGGGAUGCUGCGAAGCUUCGUGACUUGAGGAAGCGUCUCGACUCGGGAACGAUGACCUUGGAGGAUAUUGAUCAAACCGCCAACGAAUUCCUGGAUAGUGAGAUCGUGGAUCUUGCCUCCGAUUGGCUUGGAAACACGGUUGUCCAGAAACUAUUUGAGAAGUGCUCGCCUGUCCCUCGAUUUGCCAUGUUGGAGAGGCUUUGCCCUCACCUUGCUAUGAUCGGGAUCCACAAGAAUGGGACGUGGGCUGCGCAGAAGAUCAUUGAGUGUGUCCAGUCUCCCGACGAAGUUGCCCUGGUUAGCCAGCACUUGCGACCUUACGCUCCUCCCUUGUUGCUCGAUCAGUUCGGGAACUACGUUGUCCAGUGUUGCCUCCGCUUCGGAGCCCCUGCCAACGACUUCAUUUUCGAUGCGAUCGUCGAUCGUAUGUGGGAGGUGGCGCAAGGGCGAUUCGGAGCACGCAGUAUGCGUGCCUGUCUCGAGAGUCCCCAUAUCACUCUAAGCCAACAACGCCGAACUGCUGUCGCCGUGAUCCUCAACUCCAUCCCUUUGGCCACGAAUCCCAACGGCGCGCUGCUACUCACCUGGCUGUUGGAUACUUCCGGAUUCCCAUCUCGAUACAACUUGCUGGCCCCUCGCUUCACGCCGCACUUGUCUCACCUGUGCACGCACAAGCUCGCGUCGUUGACUGUUCUUCGUAUCGUGAACCAGAAGAUUGAACCAGAUGCUUCGAGACAAGUCGUUGAGGCACUUUUCUCAUCACCCGGAGACCACGUUCUCACCGACGUACUCGGGGAUCAAGUUAACGGCGUGGCUGUCGUUCACAAGAUCUUGACCAGCCCUUUCCUUGACCCCAAUGAGAAGAUUAAAUACAUAGACGCCACCAAGCGAGUGCUCAUCGAGCUCAAGGUCAUCGCUACUCAAGCCUAUCGCCGUUUGAUUGAGGAGGUCGGUUUGCCCGUCCCCAACUUCCAGCAGACAUACCCGAACAAUGCACCGCAAAGUGGCAAGACGAAGGGCAACAAUCCAGCCAACUAUGGCGUGCCCGGUCUACCUCAGGGAUACCCGUCCAACGAUCAAGGCCUCGCUUCUAUGAUGGCAGCUUUGCAAAUGGGUGGUCAGAACCCCCAGGCUGGUCCCCCUCAGUUGCAAGUCGACCCCGGCUACAACCAGAACACCCGUCGUACUCCCAAUUUACAACCCUCUUACUCUCCGGCCGAGCAAUUCAACCCUUUCUCUGCUGAAACCAACAGUCCACGAGGAAGCGUCCGCCGUAACGGCGGAUUGACUCCCAACAACUCUGUACCCCAAAACGCAGUUCCUUAUGGUAACCAAUCUCCGAACAUGGCACCUGGGGUUCUCAAUAUGGGCCAGCCUGCUUAUGGAGGCAUGGCUCCUCAGACGGUCCCUCCCCACAUGUAUCAGGCAUAUAUGUACCAGCCCUACCAACAGAAUCCCAACAUGGGAGGAUAUCAUGCGUAA